GUGUUUUGUGCUCUUAACAGGAUUUAGCCGAAGAUGACAUGAAAAUUCUGGAACACUUCAUGAACAAAGAUGCGCAGCCGCAAAGAAAACUAGCAGACAUGUUCCGUGAUAAAAUCACAGAAAAGCAGACAGACAUCCAGUCACAAGUGAAUGCUAGCACUGUACAGACUGUUAACCUUAGUCCAGAGGUGCAAGAAAUGUGCUCACAGAUUGGGAGUGUCUUGUCAAAAUACAGAAGUGGACCCUUGCCAAAGAUGUUCAAGGUGAUUCCAAAGAUGCGCAAUUGGGAAGAACUCGUAUACCUGACAGACCCUGACAAGUGGUCUGCUGCUGCUGUGUAUCAGGGUGUUAGAAUAUUUGUGAGUAACCUCAAGGAGCCCAUGGCACAGCGCUUCUUCAACUUGGUCCUCCUCCCUCGUAUACGGGAUGACAUCUCAUACUACAAGCGCCUCAACUUCCAUUUAUAUCAGGCUAUGUGCAAGGCCCUUUUCAAGCCAGGUGCCUUCUUCAAAGGUGUUUUACUUCCUCUGUGCAUGUCCGGUACUUGUACUCUUCGAGAAGCUAUUAUUGUUGGUUCAGUAAUUGCAAAGAACCACAUACCAAUUCUGCACUCUGCUGCAACAAUACUGAAGAUUGCUGAAAUGGACUAUUCUGGAGCAAAUUCAAUAUUUUUGAGAAUAUUUUUUGAUAAGAAAUAUGCCCUCCCAUACAGAGUUGUUGAUGCGUGUGUUUACCAUUUUAUGAGAUUCCAGCAUGACCGCCGUGAACUGCCAGUUUUGUGGCACCAAGCCUUGCUUGUGUUUGUCCAAAGAUACAAGGAAGAUAUGAGUCCUGACCAGAAGCAAGCCAUCAUGGAUGUCAUUAAAUUCCACACUCAUUUCACCAUCACUGCUGAGGUGAGGAGAGAACUUCUGAAUUCCAAGUGCAGAGGUCAAGAUGAUGAUAUGCAAAUGAUGGUUGAUGAGUAGUGUAUGAGAAUGGGCAAAAAAUGAAAUAAAUAUUUAAAACUAAGAA